UUGGCUUUUGGUUAAAUGGCUUGGUACAAUGCAGCGUUGGUUCAUUCCUCGCUCGAGUCGCGUGAAAGUUGGACGUCAACAAACCACCGCAACCACCGCAACUACAACACUUCAACCAUGUACCACAAAUUUGGAAUAUUACUGCUGCUGUCCAUAUUGGGCACCAUAUUUGCCCAGCAACAACCUUACUAUUUGCAGCAAUGCCCCCGCGAUGAGGCAGCUAUUAACGAGUGUCUACGUGAUAGUGGCAACAAGUUAGUCCAUUACCUCCAAAAGGGCAUCCCCGAACUGGACAUUUACGAGAUUGAACCUGUGGUAAUCGAUGAAAUUGGUAUUGUUUUGGGAAGCGGCCCAGACGGUUAUCGUGCCCUGUUCCGAAACAUUCAGGCAUUCGGCGUCAGCAAUAUUACCGUCACCAAUGUUCGCUCCGACUUGGAUUCACUACAAUUCCAGCUGACGUGCGAGAUACCCCGCAUACGCGUCAAGGCUCAAUAUCGAUCUACAGGUGUUCUGAUCUUGGUUAAGGCCUCCGGAGCUGGUGACUACUGGGGCGAAUAUGAGGGCGUUAAGGCCAAGAUCUAUUUUAAGGCUUUGGCCAACGAAGGUCCUGAUGGACGUACAUAUCUCAGCACUGAUUCGGUGAAGAUGGAUUUCAAUGUAAAGGAUAUACAGAUGGGCGUGGAUAAUAUUGCCAAUGGCAACUCUGUCAUACAGGCUGCCCUCAAUUUGUUCAUCAACUCGAACUCUCAAGAGCUGCUGAAGGAAAUGAAACCUGCGCUACGCACUAAGCUGACUCUAGUCAUCCGCAACUUUAUGGAUCGUUUGUUCGCAAAGAUACCACUCGAUGAAUGGAUCAACUUAAACUAGAGGGUGACAUUAUGAGCAACAUUACCAUAUAUUUAUAAUAAGACCUAAUUUAUUGCACACAAUGAACAAAUAAAUACUUAUACAAAUAACAAAAUA